CUUUGAAGGACACUGUUACAUCAUUUGGAUGCAGUGGAAUUCCGGAACAUCAUCUUCAAGGUCAUAAUGUCAUCAAACCAUGAAGAAAACAUGGCCAUUACUGAAAUCUGUUGAUUUCAUGGAACACUUUCCCCGAUGAUAAUCAAAGAGCUUUCAUCAAUAUACAUGUAAGCAUCAGUCAGUAGGACUAUAUGGAAAGCCUAAAAACAGCGAUUAUCUAUGGGAGGUGGUUGCAGUGCAAUCAAAUCAUGGAGUAAUAUUGCUACCUGUUACAGCCGGUUGAAGCAGGUGCAGAUGCAGCAAGGCUCGGCCAUGUCGCACGCUCCGGCCCGCAGACAAGAUUCGGGGACCAUCGACACUCAGGCAAUACUACAGCUCUGCGCUGACCUUUAUGACCAAGAUGCCCCUGCCCUACAACUGAAGGUCAUCAGAUAUUUACAAAAGGUAACAAGAGCAGAGUGCUGUCUCCUAUUGCUUGUUGCUGACGACACAGCGGAGUUCUUCUGUCAGGUGAUUGGAGAACAUGUGUUAGAAGAGGAGGUGCGCUUCCCUAUUGAUCAGAGCUGCCUGGGUCACAUGGUCACCAGCAAAAAACCUGUCAUAUUCGAAGACUUGGACUCAAAAGGCAAGGGGGAGCUGCAGUCCCUGGUGCUGCAUGUCCAGUUGGGAGAGAUCAGAUCCAUGCUGUGUGUCCCAGUGGAGAGUAAGGCUGCAGGGAACAUUGUGGCACUUGCCUGUGUCCUCAACAAAAGGGACAGCCCCAAGUUCAGCCCUGCAGAUGAGUCCCAGAUCAGGACAUGUUUCACCUACACAUCAACAGUCCUGACCAGCACGCUGGCUGUGCAGAAGGAGAGGAAACUCAAGUUAGAGACCCAGUCCAUGCUGCAGAUUGCAAAGAACCUAUUCACACAUUUAGAUGAUGUAUCUGUUUUACUGCGUGAAAUCAUGCAAGAGGCCCGCAACUUAACACAUGCAGAAAGAUGUUCCCUGUUCCUGGUGGAUAAGGGCAGGAGGGAGCUGGUUGCCAAGGUGUUUGAUGGAGUGGUAGCAGAUGAGAGUGAGCUGGAAAAGCUUAGGCAGGAGCUUGGACCCAAUCACAGGAGGUUGUCUGAUGUUCGAGUAAUGAACAUGAAUGAGCUGAGGAUACCCAUUGAUCAGGGGAUAGCUGGGCAUGUAGCAACUACUGGCGAGAUUCUAAACAUCAAGGAUGCGUACUCCCACCCGCUGUUCUACAGUGGAGUGGACCACAGCACUGGUUUCAGAACAAGGAAUAUACUCUGCUUCCCGAUCAAGAACGAAGGACACGACUCUGAUGUAAUAGGCAGUUUUCUCAUGGGGGACAACGAAGAAAUUGUCGGUGUGGCAGAACUAUGCAAUAAAAUUAAUGGACCAUGUUUCUCCACUUACGACGAGGAGCUUGCACAAGCCUUCUCUAUUUACUGCGGAAUCAGCCUUGUUCAUUCCUUGCUGUAUAAGAAAGUUGCAGACGCCCAACAUCGCAGCAAGCUGUCCAACGAACUAAUGAUGUAUCAUAUGAAGGUAAACGAGGAUGAAACAGACCGGCUGAUAGUCGACAAGAUCCCACAGAUAACCAGCAUCCACCCAGAGGUCUCCCUCUUCAGCUUCACUCCCAGAGUCAUACUUGAUGACCAAACCACUCUGUGCUGUCUUGCCAUGUUUGAGGACAUGGGGAUGAUCAACAGGUGGAGGAUCCACAAGGAAACCCUUGUCAAGUUUGUCCUCAUGGUGAAGAAGGGUUACCGUGACCCUCCGUAUCACAACUGGUACCAUGCCUUCUCUGUCUCUCACUUCUGCUACCUGCUCUACAAGAACCUACGCAUCGACCAGCUCCUGACAGACGUUGAGCUGUUUGCACUGUUUGUGGCAUGUUUGUGCCAUGACCUGGACCACAGAGGAACCAACAAUGCCUUCCAGGUUUCCUCAAAAUCAGUCCUUGCAGCUCUGUACAGCUCAGAAGGCUCUGUUUUGGAGAGACAUCACUUUGCCCAAGCCAUGUGUAUCUUAAACACUGAGGGAUGCAACAUUUUUGAAAACCUCAAUAAAAGGGACUAUGAACAAGCGCUGGACUUGCUCCAGGAGAUCAUCCUGGCUACAGACCUUGCACAUCACCUGUCUGCUGUCAAGGACCUGGAGGCUAUGGCUAAAGAGGGCUAUGACAAGUCCAACCCCAGGUGUCACACACUCCUGACAUGUCUACUCAUGACCUCAUGUGACCUGUCGGACCAGACCAAGGGCUGGGGAACCACAAAGAAAAUAGCGGAGCUGAUCUACCAGGAGUUCUUCCGUCAGGGUGACCUGGAGAAGUCCAUGGGGUACCGACCCCAUGAGAUGAUGGACAGGGAGAAGGCCUUCAUUCCUGACCUGCAGAUCAGCUUCCUGGAGAACAUUGCCAUGCCUCUCUACAGGAUCCUGGGAGAUCUACUGCCAGGAUCAGAGUGUGUAUUCGAAGCCGUCAAGGCGAACCGCGACACCUGGAUGCAAAUACGAGAGACUGCCAAGCGCAAGCCCAUCACCCACGGCAACUCCUUCGACUUCUUCAAAAUGCUUGACGAGGAUGAUAGCAACAGUCUCGUCAACAAUGGGGAGGGGGGCAAGGAUAACCAAUGACAGGCAUGAUUCUUGUUUGACGUAUAGAUUCAUACAUAUCCUAUUACUUUUAUACAAGUGGAGAUAGUAAGAGUACUUUUGGUGGGAGCUGAGCUAAUGGAGCUUUAAUACCAACAAGUUGUGCCAGCAAGGCGAAAGGAUAUAAUAUCAUUUUUAUACCAGCUCUGCAAAAUGUAAGCACGUGUGUACAAUGUGUAAAUAGUCAGUGGGAAAUAUUGAAUGUUCCAAUGCUCCAGACGUGGUAACUAGAUGUCACAGGUUGUACAUGAUUAAAAUAAACAGUGGUGAGUGUCAGAUCAUGCUGUUGUGUUCUCUGCCUCGUGUAAGUACAAUAUGUAACCCACACCAAUUCAUUUCCUUGGUUAGAAUAUAUUAAAAAACAAUGCUAAACUGGAAGAUUGACUGGAAAACUUAGUUUUGGGGGAAGGUCUUAACCAAAGUACAAUCAGUUGUUGGGAGUGAAUUCAGGCCUAUUCAAGUUUUUCUCCCGUCUCACAAUGUCCAAGAGAUUGUGUCGCAGAACCAUGGAAAUCAACUGGUGUGAUCUUAGCAGUUAAUGCUGUCAAUGUUGUACAUAGAUAUGGUUCUGUCAUAUUUCACAGCUUUUAUAGAUUUAGCUUUUAAAAAAGCACUCUUGUACGUACACACUACAAUGUACAUUGAACUACAACUUGUCUUAGAACUGAACAUUUUCUCACCCUGUAAAAAGUUUGGUCCAUUUUAUCUGUUGUCUUGUAUGUAGUAUCACCUUUGGAUUCCAAUGAAGAUUUGAUGUUUGCCCUUUGCUCUUAUUAACACAAACCACGAAGGAAUGAUUAUUCUUUUUUUUCUACCAGUUAAAAGUUCAGCUGAGGAGAUAUUUGUACUUGAACACAUUACAAAGAUGAAUGAGACAUGGAUUUCCUGACUGCAGUUUUAACUUACAAGUGUUUUUACAUGAGCACAUGCUGUGAAUACAGGUGAAGGGUGGAGGGUAAGUUAAUGAUUAGCUAUAUAGAGAUGCCGUAUUUGCUGUGAAAUGCUAGACUCUGCAUUACAGUGUUAUUUUUCUGCUGCUAGAUCAUCUAUAUGUCCCCCUUUUCUGGUGCAAGGUCUGAGUGCAGCUCAAAAACAGUAACUCUACUGUACUUUUCUUUGCACUUGCCAAUCACCUAUUGCUUUUACUAUACUGUUUUAUCAAUGCAAAGAUAUGGAAAAAACCUAGCCAACACAAGGCGUGUUUAUCUUCAACAUAGUAACACCAAUUUGGAAGAAGUUCCCUGUACUGUAGCAUCCUGAAAGUAAAGUGUUCAAAGCUGACUACACUGUACCAGCAGUGAAUAAGCUUCACAGAUGUCAGCCAUCUCUUGCCAUGCAUAUUACUUUGUCCAACCAUACAUGUAACGUUAGUGUGACUAGUUCACAUCUUUCUAGUACAAAUACAUGUAUUUACAUUUUACGUAGACAAACAUGAAAAGCAACCUUGCUAAAAUAGGAAUUUUUUUAUGCAAUUGGGAAGCAAAUGUGAUAUUUCAGAUGUGUUAUAACAGGUCCUUUUCAAGAGUAUAGUCUGAGUACAACUGGAAAUACAGAAUGGAAAAAGUAACAAGCUUAGAUCUCAAAUAUCCAAUACACUUGCAAUGUUUUUCUGUUUUUGGAAAAGAAUUCAUAACAGGAUUGUUUGUACACAUGUACCAUUUCAAGUCACUGUCAGGAAUUUUGAUGUCAUAUGAACAUAUAUCAUACCCAGGGUACCAAACUAAGAUCAUCUUUUAUAUAGAUCCUGUGUAGACAAUAGAUAUUAAAGUGGUGUCACAUGCAUUGAUUUAUAGUUUUUACCUGUACAAAUGUGUAAGGCUAAGUGUGUUGCAUUUUAAAUUGUUUUGCUUUGCUGUAGAGCUUAUGUUAAUGUAAAAGAAAAACAGUAUAUUAUCUUGUGUCCUCUGCAGAGCUUUGUAUUUGUAGCCUAUUACGUUGAUUGACAUUUGCACAUGCCAUAUUGCAAAGCUCUUGACCAUUCCAACUUAGUGUGUAUUUCUUGCAUAUACAAAUACAACUCAUUCUACCUCCAUGGGGAGCAUGGUC